AUGAAUCUCAGUUAAUCUAAAUUUGAAUUUGAUGAUAUGAUGGAAUAAAUUGAAAAUGAUUCUCCUUUGUAAAGUAUUCAAAAAAAGAAUACAUCAGCUCUAAAGAAUUUAGAUUUAUGUGAAGUUUUAAAUGAUGAAAUCGAAUAAUUUAAUUAUUCAGCUAAAAGCUUAUCAGAAAGUUAGUCUAAAACAUAAAUAUGA